AUGGUGACAGCAGGGGGAGGCAGCCCCAGCAGCUCCCUGGCCCUGGCGCUCUGUGACUUCCCCUCCGGCACGGGCUCUGUCCUGAGGAUGGGGGAGCAGCUCCGCAUCCUCUCCGAGGACGGGGAAUGGUGGCUGGUGGCAUCUGAGGUGUCCGGCAAGGAGUGCAACAUCCCCAGGAGCUGCGUGGCCAAAGUCAGGCACAGGUGGCUGUACCAGGGCAUCACCCGGCAGAAGGCAGAGGAGCUGCUGCUCCUGCCAGGCAACCACAGCGGAUCCUUCUUGAUCCGGGAGAGCCAGACACGGAGAGGAUGCUUCUCGCUGUCGCUGCGGCACGGCCAGAGCUGCUCCUGGGACGCGGUGACACAUUACCGCAUCCACCGCCUGGAGAACGGCUGGCUCUACAUCUCCCCCCGCCUCACCUUCUCCAGCCUGCACGACCUGGUGGACCACUACUCCGAGCUCAGCGAGGGACUGUGCUGCCCCCUCAGGGACCCCUGCGCAGUGGAAGGGACGAGAGUGGCCCCGGUCCCUGCCGUGCCCACCGUGGUGAGGAACCCAUCACCCAACUGGGAUGAGAUCGAGAGUUCCCUUCUGCUCUCGGAGGCCACGUUCCCAGCCGAGGAUUCCCCGCUCAGCCUGGGCCUGCGGGAAUCCAUCAGCUCCUACCUGCUCCUGGCAGACACGGCUGCCCCCGGGCAGAGCCCUGCGGGGAAGGGGCUGGGGAGCAGCUGA